AUGGCUCGGUCUUUCUUUCCGUCACUUUCUCUCUCUAGGUGCCGCUUAGCCGCAGCUUCUUCUCUCCUUCCUUCAUCUCGAACCAUCGUGAUCCGAUCUCAAUCAUCGAACCGCCGGUCGAACCGCGUCGGUGAGCUCUACGAGAUCGAUAUCGCCGCGGCGUCUCAGUCGCAAUCCGAUCCUCUCCUAGAGAAGCUAGAGGACGCGGUCCACGGGAUAAUGGUACGACGAUCCGCACCGGAUUGGCUCCCUUUUGUUCCCGGUGCUUCGUAUUGGGUCCCACCUCCUAGAUCCCAGACUCACGGGAUCGCUAAGCUCGUUGAGAAGCUGGCGAAUCCGGUCGGCGAUGAAGAAUCUAUCUCGAUCUCGUCGGGUCGUGGAUGGCCUUCCUCUGAUUACUUCAUUAAUGGUGUACAGCCUCAAUCAGUGGAGACGGAGACGGCUUCAAAUUCUGAGGAUGAGGAAGGGCUCUUCAAAGAUUUGUUGAUAUUAAGAAGACGAAUCAAAGAAGAGUUGAACCAGCAAGAGCGGCUGUGA